AUGCCUUUCCCAGCGGAGGCGAGGGCGACCCCGAGGGYGACGGGGCGCGCGGUGGCCCCGGCGCUGCUGCUGCUGCUGCUGCUCUCCGCGGUGCGUGCGACUGCCCCGCUGCGACCCCUGCUCCCGCUGCAGCCCAGCAUGCCCCAUGUGUGUGCCCAGCAGGAGCUGACCCUGGUGGGCCACCGCCAGCCCUGUGUGAAGGCCCUCAGUCGCCUGGUGUCCGUGUGGAAGCCGGGCUGUGGGCGGCAGGCUUGGUGCAUUGGCCACGAGCGCAGAACCGUCUACUACACAGGCUACAGGCAGGUGUAUGCCGCGGAGGCCCGCACGGUGUUCCGGUGCUGCCCGGGAUGGAGCCAGCAGCCGGGUCAGGAGGGCUGCCUCUCAGCGGAAUGCACUUCUGGGCUCUGUUUUAAUGGUGGCCGCUGUGUGCCAGGCUCAGCUCAACUCUGCCGCUGUCCCCGAGGCUUCCAGGGUCCCCGCUGUCAGUACGAUGUGGACGAGUGCACCAGUGCCAACGGAGGCUGUGAGGGCCUGUGCUGCAACACGGUGGGCGGCUUCUACUGCCGCUGCUCCCCUGGCCACCAGCUGCAGGGUGACGGCAAGACCUGCCAAGAUGUGGACGAGUGCCGUGUGCACAACGGAGGCUGCCAGCACAGGUGUGUCAACACGCCCGGGUCCUACCUCUGCGAGUGCAAGCCCGGUUUCCGGCUCCACGCCGACGGCAGGACCUGCCUGGCCGUCAACUCCUGUGCCUUGGGCCAUGGCGGCUGCCAGCACCAGUGCGUCCAGCUCACGGUGACACGGCACCGCUGCCAGUGCCGGCCGGGCUUCCAGCUGCAGGAGGACGGCAGGCGCUGUGCCCGGAGAAGCCCGUGUGCAGAUGGGAAUGGCGGCUGCAUGCACACGUGCCAGGUGCUGCGGGGCCUGGCCCACUGUGGGUGCCGAGCGGGCUACCAGCUGGCUGCCGACCGCCAGGCCUGUGAAGACGUGGACGAAUGUGCCUCAGGGCUGGCCCAGUGUGCCCACGGCUGCCUCAACACUCAGGGGACCUUCAAAUGYGUGUGCCACGCAGGCUACGAGCUGGGUGCUGACGGCCGGCAGUGCUACCGGAUCGAGAUGGAAAUUGUGAACAGCUGCGAGGCCGGCCGGGGCGGCUGCUCCCACGGCUGCAGCCACACCAGCGCAGGGCCCCUCUGCACCUGUCCCCAUGGCUACGAGCUGGACGAGGACCAGAAGACCUGUGUUGACGUUGACGACUGUGCCGACUCCCCGUGCUGCCAGCAGGUCUGCGCCAACAGCCCCGGCGGGUACGAGUGUGGCUGCUACGCCGGCUACCGGCUCAGCACCGAUGGCUGCAGCUGUGAGGACGUUGAUGAGUGCGCCUCCGGCCACGGCGGCUGUGAGCACCACUGCACCAACAUGGCCGGCUCCUUCCAGUGCUCUUGCGAGGCCGGCUACCGGCUGGACGAGGACCGCAGGGGAUGCACCCCUCUGGAGGAGCCCACGGUGGACCUGGAUGGCCAGCUGCCCUUCGUGCGGCCCCUGCCCCACAUCGCRGUGCUGCGGGACGGGCUGCCGCAGCUCUUCCAGGACGACUCUGGGGCCGAGGAGGAGGAGGAGGCGGAGCUGCGGGGAGAGCACACGCUCACUGAGAAGUUUGUCUGCCUGGGUGACACUUUUGGCCAGGAUUGCAGCUUGACCUGCGAUGACUGCGUGAACGGAGGGACCUGCCUCCCAGGCCUGGACGGCUGCGACUGCCCCGAGGGCUGGACCGGGCUCAUCUGCAAUGAGACUUGUCCUCCGGACACCUUUGGAAAGAACUGCAGCUCCCCCUGUGGCUGCCAGAACGGAGGGACCUGCGAUCCUGUGACGGGUGCCUGCCGCUGUCCCCCAGGUGUCAGCGGGACUCACUGUGAGGACGGCUGCCCCAAGGGCUUCUAUGGCAAACACUGUCGCAAGAAAUGCCACUGUGCCAACCGGGGCCGAUGUCACCGCCUCUACGGGGCCUGCCUCUGUGACCCGGGGCUCUAUGGCCGCUUCUGCCACCUGGAGUGCGAGCCAGGCUUCUUCGGGCCAGGAUGCCAGCAUACGUGCACCUGUCYCCCAGGCGUGGCCUGUGAUCCUGUGAGCGGCGAGUGUCGGGAGCAGUGUCCUGCUGGCUACCGGGGGCAGGACUGUGGUCAAGAGUGCCCAGAGGGGACAUUUGGUGUGAACUGCUCAGGCUCCUGCUCCUGUGGGGGUGCCUCUUGCCAUCGGAUCACAGGGCAGUGCCUGUGUCCACCAGGCAGGACCGGAGAGGACUGUGGGGCAGAUUGUCCCGAGGGCCACUGGGGGCCCGGCUGCCAGGAGAUCUGCCCUGUGUGUGAGCACGGUGCUCGCUGUGACCCCGCGACGGGAGCCUGCCUGUGCCUCCCCGGCUUCGUGGGCAGCCGCUGUCAGGACGCUUGCCCGGCAGGCUGGUUUGGACCCGGCUGCCAGACGAGGUGCUCCUGUGGCAACGAUGGGCACUGCCACCCGGCCACUGGGCGCUGCAGCUGUGCCCCUGGCUGGACUGGCCUGCAUUGUCAGAGAGCCUGUGACAGUGGACACUGGGGGCCCGACUGCAGCUACCCCUGCGACUGCACCGCAGGCCACGGGAACUGUGAUGCCAUCAGUGGCCUGUGCCUGUGUGAGGCUGGCUACGUGGGCCCACGGUGCGAGCAGCGGUGUCCCCCAGGAUACUUUGGACCAGGCUGUGGGCACCAGUGCCAGUGUGAGCACGGGGCAGCCUGUGACCAUGUCAGCGGGGCCUGCACCUGCCCAGCAGGCUGGAGGGGAAGCUUCUGUGAGCGAGCCUGCCCAGCUGGCUUCUUUGGGUUGGACUGCCGUGGCGCCUGCAACUGCUCCGCGGGGGCCGCCUGCGACCAUGUGAACGGCUCCUGCCUCUGCCCGCCAGGCCGCCAGGGACCCCGCUGCACCCAGACUUGCCCGGCCCUCACCUACGGCCUUAACUGCAGCCAGCCCUGCACCUGCUUUAAUGGGGCCUCCUGUGACCCCGUCCACGGGCAGUGCCACUGUGCCCCCGGCUGGAUGGGGCCCACCUGCCUGCAGGCCUGUCCCGCUGGCCAGUAUGGCCAGGGCUGCCGACAAGCCUGCCUUUGCCAGAACGGAGGGAGCUGUGACCCUGUCUCAGGCCGCUGCACGUGUGCAGAGGGCUGGUCCGGCCUGGCCUGUGAGAAUGAAUGCCUCCCCGGACACUACGGAGCUGGCUGUCAGCUCAGCUGCGGCUGCCUCAAUGGAGGCCUCUGUGACCGGCACACGGGCCGCUGCCUCUGCCCUGCUGGCUGGACUGGGGACAAGUGCGAGAGACCCUGUGCUGAGGGCACCUUCGGGGCUCACUGUGAGGAGCGCUGUCCCUGUCGUCGGGGAGCCUGCCACCAUGUCACGGGGGCCUGCCGCUGCCCCCCAGGAUGGAGGGGCUCACGGUGUGAGGAGGCCUGCCCACACGGCUGGUUCGGAGAGGCCUGUGUCCAGAGCUGCCGCUGCCCACCUGGGGCCUCCUGCCACCACGUCACUGGGGAGUGUCACUGUCCUGCUGGCUUCACCGGGCCUGGCUGUGAGCAGGCCUGCUGGCCCGGCACUUUUGGAGAGGACUGUAGGCACCUGUGCCAGUGUCCUGGCAAGACUCAGGCCUGCCACCCUGCCACAGGGGCCUGCGUGUGCAUGGCCGGCUACCACGGCACUGGCUGCCAGAAACGAUGCCCGCCUGGGCGCUACGGUCCAGGCUGUGGACAGGUGUGUGGGUGUCAGAACGGGGGCUCCUGUGACGCAGCCACAGGGGCCUGCCACUGUCCUGCCGGGUUCCUCGGAGCUGACUGCAGUCUGACCUGUCCACCAGGCCACUUUGGCCUCAGCUGUGCCCAUGUGUGUGCCUGCGGGCAGGGGGCCACCUGUGACCCUGUGACCGGCACUUGCAUCUGCCCACCGGGGAGGACUGGCACCCACUGUGAGCAUGGCUGCCCCCAGAACCGGUUUGGCGUGGGCUGUGAGCUCCAGUGUGACUGCAGACACGGAGCCCUGUGCCACAGCACCCAUGGCAGCUGCUCCUGCCGCCCGGGCUGGAUGGGGCCACACUGCGAGCAGGCCUGUCCCCCUGGGCGCUACGGUGCCGCCUGCCUCCUGGAGUGCGCCUGUCAGAACAACGGCACCUGUGAGCCCGCCUCGGGCGCCUGCCGCUGUGGCCCUGGCUUCUAUGGCCCGGCCUGCGAGCACUCCUGUCCCCCCGGGUUCCAUGGAGCUGGGUGCCAGGAGGCCUGUGAGUGUCAACAGGGAGCCUCCUGUGACCCCGUCAGUGGCCAGUGCUUCUGCCCAGCCGGCUUCCACGGCCAGUUCUGUGAGAGGGGGUGUGAGCCAGGCUCCUUUGGAGAAGGCUGCCACCAACGGUGUGGCUGCAGUGGUGGGGCGCCCUGCGACCCCGUCAGCGGCCUCUGCCUGUGCCCACCAGGGCGCUCAGGAGCCACGUGUGACCUGGAUUGCAAACCAGGCCGCUUUGGGCCCGGCUGUGCCCUGCGCUGUGAGUGUUCAGUGGGGGCUGACUGUGACCCGGUCAGUGGGCAGUGCCACUGCGUGGAUGACUACAUGGGGCCCACGUGCCGGGAAGGUGGGCCCUCCCAGUUCCUCGAGAGCCUGUCCCUAGCACGGGGCACAGCGGCCACACGGCCAGUCUCCAGCGGACAGGUACCCAGCUCUGCAGGCACUAGCUGAGGCAGCCCCUGCCAUGGAGGCUCGCACAAAGCUCCGGCUGAGGGACCCGGCCUUGGUGAUGCAAGAGAACCCACGUGGACCUAGRACUCCUGCCUCUCUCCAGAGGGCUGUGGACAGCUGUGGGUCUCAGGGGAGGGCUGCAGACAGCUGCCCAGCCUCUCCAUCAGCCAGGGCCCUGUGGCUGCGAGGAGGGAGGCCUCAUGUGGCCACAAGUAGCCCAGGGGAGUGGACCGGACCUCGGGCUGCUCGUCCACAUCAGGCACCUGGCUAGCUGGGCUGAGGACGCCCUGACCCUCCCGACAGCCUGGGUGGGGACCAAGGCAGCUGUGGGUGUGGGCCUCUGCUCUCCGAGCAGGCCCUCCUGGUGCUAGGCCCUGGACUGCUGCAGCCUGGCCGACUGACUCUUUACUUGCAGAUGUGGUCUGGCCGGUUAUGUAUAGGUAUUUAUGGGCAGUGCCACACGCCCCGCUGCCCCGAGGCCGCUAGAAGCUGCCCGUCCCAGGAAGCCUGGACUCAGGCUGGCAGGGCCCUGCGGUCCCCAGCAGAUGUGCUCAGGUUCCAUGUAAAGCCCAGCGAGUUAAAUUAAUGUGGGCUUCUG